AUGGCGGCAUACGACGACCAAGGCCUGCAAGCAAAGUCCAUAGCUAAGAUCAACCAGCACACGCUGGGCAAGUACCUGCAGCCGUGCCGCGGCCCGGACGCCAAGUACAAGCCAGACACGGACGAGGUGGACGGCCUCGUGGCGCUGUCGUACAUCCAGCUGUCCGUCCACAACGACCAUCUGAAAUACAUCCAACACGUAGUCACGACGUGCGACACGUGGAACGAGCUCAAGGCGAUCUAUGAGAACACGUCAGAAGUCAGCCUGGUCACGUUGCAAAUGAAGAUGUACAAGCUCGACUGGAGCGAACAGAUCGACCUCGAGUCCUUUGCCGACCAAUUCCAAGAGCUCACACGCAAGAUCACCGCCGCCGGCGACGGCAUCCCAGAACGGUCGCACGUCAUCCGGUUCCUUUGUCUGCUGCCGCCACGCUUUGCAAACACCGUGAGCUACAUCACACGCGAGAGCCGCGACACAACCAAGUUCGCUACCAUAGAAUGCCGCCGCAGACAAACCGACGAAGCCAAAGGCGUUCAACGGCACAGCGUCCAGGACAAGCCGCACGGCAAUAGCGGCGGACGAGGCGGUUAUGUCGGCGCCCCAGGCGGGGGGCGCUUCAGUGGGCGCGGACGUGGACGCAGCUUUAGCAAUGGCCGCGGCGGAGGCCGCACAAGCUGGCGCGGCACCGACCAAGGCAACUACGCCGAAGAAGAUGAAAUGGAAGUCCUCUUCAUGAUGGAAGAAGACAUACCUGUGUCCAGUCGUCCGAAUGACGAAGACUCAUGGUGGCUGACAGACAAAGACCCGGCUGUCGACUUCGAAACCGGCACUGUCUCCAUGGAGCUGAAUCAAUAUGCGACAGACGAAACCGACGACGGCGCCACUGCGCACAUGACUGUCGACAUCGACUUGCUGCAUUCUGUCGUGGCCUGCACCCGCGGCGUCCGCCUAGCCGACGGCCAUCCUAUCCCAGUGACCGCCAUGGGCGACCUAAAGAUCAAGUCAGAAGAAACAGGACGUACGGCCAACUUCAAGAAUGUCCUUUACGUACCGACCCUCAAGAAGUCGCUCAUGUCCAUCAGCCGCAUCAACCGCCAAUCAGGCGACGCCUCGCUGGUCUUCAAGAGAGACAGACAGACCACUGGCAGCUAA